AUGUCUAAACGAUACCCAGAUUCCAUGGUGAAAAAGUAUCUAGCUAAGCAGUUUGGGGUCCAAGUUUUGAUAUACAGUUCUUAUAUAUUCAGGGUUCAUGCCUGCAACUGUCCCAUCAUUCCCCCACAGGGUCCAGUCCAGUCCAAGUUUGAUAUACCCAGUGCUUAUAUAUUCAGGGUUCAUGCCUGUAACUGUCCCAUCAUUCUCCCACAGGGUCCAGUCCAGUCCAAGUUUGAACGCAUCCAGUCAGGAAGUCUCCCUCCAAAGGUCACCCAUGUGUCUUGUGAGGCCUCCCCCCAGGACAGAUUUAUUAUCCAUGCCAGACUGGAGACCAGGGACCUGUCAUUCCUGGUCUUUGCCAGCCAACAGACACAUGAAGGGGUCAAGCUGACCAACUGUACCGCUAGCGUCCUGCGUCUGAAGGGAACGCUGAGGAUCCAAUCCUACCGGGAAGGCGCUGACGUCAAGAUGAGCUUCAACUUUGAGGGAAAGCCAGAAAUUAAAGUUGAGGUCAAACCUCUCAACCCGUAUCAGGAAGCGAAUGAGCUGGUUGAUCUGGGUGUGGUUGAAGCCAAUGUACGCAACUCUAUCAUCCUGGCCAAGACGACCUUCACCGUGACCCACCUUCUCAUGCCGGGUGACCUUCAGACUGUCAACCAUGACCAGGGCGGUCAAGGUCCAGACAAAGGUGGCCAGGACCAGGGUAAAGGAAGCAACCACUCCAGCUACAACCUGCUCCAGCGUGACAUCCAGAGCCUCCAGAAACAGAAACCAGCCACCCAGAACUCCGCCCCUUCCCAGCCCUCCCACCAACAACAGACACUGCAACAACAGCAGCUGCCCGAGCUCUCCCAGGAGAUUGUCGUGCCCACGGUCAUCCCGCCCACCAACAAAGCCCCACCCAUCCACAGCAUAUCUGUUCAAAAUGAGCCUGUCCAGAGUAUCCCCAUCCACCCGAUCCACCGCCAGCUCCAGCAAGACAAGCUGCAGCAAGAGGUCAAGCAGGUCCCUCGCAGAGACCAGCAGAGAGUCCGCCCUCAGUCUCGCCCUGAGGGAGUCUUUGAGCCUGUGGAAGCCAUGAAUCUCUCCAGCUCUUUAUUCUCAGCCCCACCCAAACCUCACCGUAUGGUCGGUGACAAAAGACUCCUGGUUAAAGUGAUCAAGGCUAACGGACUCACCCUCAAGCAAAUUGGUGCAGCAAAUCUGGUCUGUAUGGUGUCAACUGAUGAGCCUCUUCAAGGCUAUGCUACAAGCAUUGUCAAAAACACCCAGAAUCCUUUCUGGGAUGAGCAUUUCCUCUUUGACAUCACACAGGAGUCACAGGAAGUCAGGGUUGAGAUGUACGACAAGGACAAAGCUGAAGGAGAUGAGUUUCUUGGCGAGGCCAUUGUUUAUGUUGAAGACCUGCGUAAGACCCCAAGUAGUCGCCAGAUCCUUAGGCUCCACCCACAGCCUGGAAACUUUGAGUACAAUGCUGGAACUGUCACAGCAGAGUUUCUCUUCAUGGACCCCGUGGAAGCAGAUCUCUUGCUGGGCUCCAUGACAACCACUUCAAACAACCAGCUCUCACCCCGCCGCCGCAUUGAGAUUGCCCGCUCAGUCACCCCAGGUGGCACUGUAGUUACCAAGACAACAACCACAACACAGCGACCUCAGUAUGGCCGCCAUGAUCCUGGCCCUGAUGGUUCACCUAAUUAUGUUGAGAAAAACAUCUAUGCAGAAGAUUCUCCACAAUUCUCCUACAGUGACAGCCCAUCUAAUGUGUCUUCAGAAACAAUCAACGGAGAAGAUUCAGUUGCCGCCGCAGCGCUGAGGGAUAUUCAGCAGAGGUCAUGGCAGCCUCGAAGCCAUGCCAAAAGUAGUACUAUAAUUAUAACAGGGGUCAAACGGCAGGAAUCCCCACGUCCUAAGCCAAAGCAGGAAUCUCCGCGUCCUAAACCAAAGGAAUCUCCACGUCUUAAAGCAAAGCAGGAAUCCCCACGCCCUAAACUAAAGCUGGAGUCUCCACGUCUUAAGCCAAAGACCAUUGAGAGCCCUGAUGUUGAGGAAGAUGCCACACAUCAGUACCAAGUUAAUCAGUCGUACAACCAACAGCCACAGCCUAUUGCACUGAAAGAUAAAAAGAAAGGUGGUUUCGGCAGCGCCAUUCUGAAAAAGUUUGGCCGUAAGAAGCGUGCGCAAAGUGCUGAUCGCACAUUGAGUAUGCGGGAAGGGGCGUACCUGAAGCCCCCAGAACCCGCGUACGGACCGCAGUCUAAAGAUGAUUUGGAGCUGGUUAGACCGCAGUCCAUGGAGGCACCUCCAUCUCCCAACUUAAAGAAAUCUAGAACUCUUGGUGGAAGCUUAAAGAAAUUAUUCAAACGAAGUCGGAAGCGAUCUCAGACAAGGGGUGACUCCAGAGAAAGCUCGCUGUCUAGAGGCUCCCGAUCCAAAGGCCCAUCAAGAGAUAGUUCGCUGACUCGGCAGAACCAGAGAGAGAGUGAUCAAAGGGCAUCUUCAGUUUCAUGAGAUUAAGUCAUACUUUUAGUUUAAACACUGAACUUGUAUAUUAUAACAGUAUUUUUUUUAACUUGAAAGAUCACGAUGGUAGUUAACUCUCAUAAUGGGAGUUACCUCUCACAAGGGGACUUGCUUCUCAUAAGGGAGUUAACUCUCAAUGCAUUUCACAAUGCUCAAAAGUAGUUGAGGAACUUACUAGUAAUAGUAGUAACCAUCAGUGUUAAGUUACGCUCUAGUCAAAUAUCCAUUACUCUAAGAGAUUCAUCUAUUUAACAUUUUUUAACGAUCUUUCUUUUUUAACAAUCUUUCUUGUGAGCAUAUGUGAUCAUUAUAUACAUCUGAUUAUAUUUUUGAGCAUCAUAUUUUCAAACAUGGCUGUUAACUCUUUACUGUACAAAGUUUUCUCUCUAGUUUUUAAAAAUGCAAAACUUAAUUUAACAAGGUGUUAAUCAAGUGAAUAUAAGUUUAUGUACUUAAAAGGUGCAGAAUAUUUUAUUUAAGUAUUUAACAAAGGUUCUUGUAAUGUAAUUUUGGAAGAAUAACAACAUAAAAACUAUGUUAUCAUUCUGAUCAAGUAGAUCUAUAGAUCUACUAGGUAUCUGUAUCUGUUCAAUAAUUUUAGUAAAAAAAAAAUGUCAAAAUACAACAGAAAAAAAACAAUGGUGAGAGUAUAUGCCUGAGACCUAUAUCUAUUGAGACUUGUACGAUAUACUGCGACUGAGCUUAGCUAGGUUUAUUUGUAACUCAUAAUUUAUUAUCAGCACCUGUAUAUGGUAUCAAUGUGAUAAAUGCAUGAUAUAAAAAAUGAUAGGGAUAUUGUAUUCCUUGUACGACUGGUAUAUUUUUUUUAUUUUGCUUUUCUGUGAUGUUUUAUUUAAAAAAAAACAGUUACUGUUUCAACCCCCAAAAAAUAAUCCCCAAGCCUUUUCUUCCCUAUAUUUUUUCAUUCGCACAGCUUCUGCUGAAGAUAACCCCUAUAGUUUAUUUUGCACUGCAUUUAACACUAAAUUUGAUUCCACUUGCAAUGGUUAAGAGAAAAUAAAAUUCAAUUUUCCAGAAGUAAUAUAUCUGCCACAGAAAUCUUUUCCCCCUAGAAAAUAUCCCCCCUCUCGUAGUUAUAGAUAAAUCAUCAUAAUACAGAAUGUGACUUUAUCCCUUGCGCAGGUUUCUUUUCGACAAAAAAAAAGGGCGUUUAGUGCGACACCCUUUUCUACCACUGUAAAGGGAUAUAAGCCACUUUUUGAGGGUGGUGAAACUAACACUUGUACAUUUUUCCAGAUAUUUAAUGCUUCCUUUCAAUGCUUUUUUUAGUUGCUCACUCUAUUUAUUCAAUGUUGCACCUAAUUUUGCAAGCAUAAUUCCCUGCAUGUGAUAUCCCUGUCUCUACAUUGUUUUUACCACUUCUUUUUUAGGGGUAAAGGAGCGAAUUGUACCCAUCGAAAGGAGUUAAUUACACAAAGCUAUAUUAUAUGAUUAACUAAAAACAAAAAAAAAAUCAUGAUUCUUAAAAGAUCACAAUUAAAUACUCUUUUUACUCUUUAAAAAAAAAGUAAUAGAAAUCGUGGUACAGUUUUGUGGUUAACCUCACAUGACUAAUACUACCAUUUUUUGAGCUACCAUCAUAUUUUGAACAAUCCUCACAUUUGUAUGGCCCUAAAAAAGUGUGUAAAAAUAAAUGUUGUAAUGUAGAUUUCAGCUAAGUCUUAGCAGUACAAAAAAAAAAGGUGAAUAAAUGGUCUCAACACGUAAAAUGUUUGGACAGCAUCUUUGAGUUACUUCACUCAGUGCCUAGCCAUAGUCUGUGAUGCUUACUUCAGCUAGACACAGACUUUUUAUGUCCAUAUAUUCCCACAUAUCCAUGUCAUACAAUUACUCGACAAUCCAAUGUCUACAUUUUUAGUUUAUAAUCAAAUAACACUAACAAGUAUAUCAUCGUUUAGUUGCAGUAAGAUUUGUUCGCAAGAAAGGAACAGUUUCUCUUAUCAAUUUUUUUUUAUUUGCUCAAUUUGCAAUAUGCAAAAAAAAGUUUAUUGAAUCAAAUAUUUAUUUUUUAAAAUCAUUGAUCACAGUCUUAAAGCUUUAUUUUUGUACUUAAUCUACACAGGUUGUUCUGUACUUGUUGCUAGCAUGACAAAAAUUUAAAUUUUUAAAGACUUGGUUGCCUCCAAAUAUUACAAUACUAUUUAUGCGGUAGUGAUUAACAUCUGUUUAAAAAUCUAUUUUUAUACUGAGAUUAUUCUUUAAGGUGGGUUUAAGAUUUGCCAAUUUACUAAUGCAAUGUCUUCAUAUGCAAGGGCACAUUAACCAAGGGGCCCCCAAUAAAAAAGAUGAAUAAAUCUAGUCUUUGCAAAUCUAUAUUAAUUGCACCACUACUUUGUUAUAGUUUAUAGUACUUAAUAUUCAUAAACGAGUAAUAAACUGAGGUACUAUUUAUAUUAAAUACCUUCAAACAAAUGGUAUUUUUGUUAGGUAAUGAUAUUGUUUUUAGUGUGAGCGACAGUUGAGGGUAAUUAUAUGAUUUUAAAAGCAAGAUGAACUUGUAUUUAUUGAGCAGGUGAGGAGUUACCCACCAAGUGCCGACAGACUAGGGUAGCUCAACAGGUUAAGCUAGACAAUCUUGUGUCAACUGUUAGCCAAAGAUUUCAUGAAUGUAUUUUCACUAGUGAGAGAAACUUCUAAUGUUGGUGUUUUGUAUGGGAGUUGUGUGCUGAUUGUUAUGCCAGUAAAAAAAAACUUUUCGUAUCAGGUUUUCCACUUUGAUGGGAUGCAAAUUAUUUUAAUGAUUUUUUUUAUAAUGGUAUUGAUAAUGAUAUAUUAGACUAAAGUAGAUUUUAUGCAUGAUUUCUUUCUGUAAUUAUUUGGCAAAUCAAUACUUUGGUUUAUGCUUGGGAAAACUAUCUGGCAAACCUGAGAUUGUUUAGGACAUUUACUGACUAAUCUCAUUAUAGCAGUGAUAAAUACAAAUAAUCUGCACAAAUAUUUGCUGAAAGAUUCAAGAAGCAAAGAUUAAGCCAGACCUGCAGCCAAAUAAAAACAUUAGUUACACCUUUAAUCGCCCCAACCUGUGUGUGAAUCCAUCCUUGGAAAUAGCUUUAGUUUUCCUUAGAUUUCUAUUGGUCUCUAUUUAUAUCUAUCUUUUAUUUAUUGGCUGUUGUUUUUUCUAUGUUGGAAAAUACCAUUGGAUGUUGUUUUCUUUUUUUUUAACAAUAUUUUUGUUUGAUGUUUUGAAGUUAAUUGAUUGUGCUUUUUAAUCAUAAAUUCAUUUUUUUUAAAUCUUACUAAAAUCUAUUAGAAAUCAAAGAAAAAAAAAUUAGAUUUUAAAAUUGAAAUAAUAAAACUCAAUGUUACUUCAGCUUUCAGAUUAGCUCACAUUGAGUUAAAAGUCUGAAAUUAUUUUGAUAUAAUUAUUGUAAAAUCAACUCAAUAUUAUUACAGGUUUUUAUAAUUUAGAAAAGUGGCAUAAUUAUUAAUAAACCCUAGGCCUUUGCCUAUAUUGUUAGGUGAAAAAUAGAAAAUUUAAACAAAACAAAGAAUAAAAAAUUUUCAAAUCUGUGUUUUAUUUAUUUAUUUACAUACAAAUAAUUAUUUUUUAAAACCAUAUUACAAUUUUGUUUUAAAUAGGGCCAGGUUUAUUAUCUUUGUAGUGAUUACAUUAAAACAUGGUGAUUUUUAUAUUAAAACAAAUUUUCAAAACAA